UCAGUCACAACCUCACAACUUUCUUCCUCACUCAUAUUUCUCCGUCCCUCAAGCUUUCACUGUCUCUUCCACCGCUACCCCCUUCUCACUCUCGGUGCUCCACUGUAGCCUCCGUCCACCGUAACCUCCCUCCGUCGUAACAGCCUGUGCCAGCGAUUGCCACCUCCGGGCCUCCAUCCUCGGCGGCUUCCACCUUUAAGUUAGGGUUAAGAUAAGUUUAGGUCCCUCUCCUUUUCAUUAUCAACAAGAAUUUGAGCUAGUUAAAGUUAGGGUUUCAAUUCCCCCUUACAAAUCUUAUUGAUAAUUUCUUAAUUUGAUGUUGAAUUUGCCUAUUAAAAUGUUUUAUUUCACUAUAUUCAUACUGAAAUUUGCAUGCAUCUGAAUUGGUCGAAGUAUUUAGAUGAGUUUGGGAUUUUUGUUUUUUCUUCUUUUCGAUUGUUGCGGAUUUUUUUUUACCUUGUAAUUUGGUCUUUGUUGACUAAUCUGUCUAAUUUAACUUAAUUAUUUUCUUUUCUGAAUUGAUUCCUCAUAAGCUUGUCGAGAAUCCAAGUAAUUGUGGGCGAAAGAGAUGCAGAAAUCUAGGGCAAUACCAGUUAUAAUCAGAAGAAUGGUGUUUGAUAUUCAAGCUACUGCUGCUAUUUCUGGUACAGCCAAAACCACCACUUCUAACAAGGGAGUGAGAUACCAUGAGUUAGAGCAUUGGAAGUUCGAAGACGAUGGAAAGAAAUACUUUCGCCAUGCUACAGGGCCACAAAAACAUGCUUGCAUAUAUGUAGCUACCAAUGUUACUGUUAUUGUUGCUGUUGGUACUGACAUCUACUGCUAUUAUUGAUGCCUGCUGCUGCUUAUGUUUGUUGCUACUGCUGCCUGUUGGCCUCGUACGGUUGACUAAUGUUACUUCAAGUUGUUGCUAGUUGCUGUUACUUCUAGCCUAGUAUUGCUGACUGCCGUUACUGCAAGCUGCUACUAUUAGCUACUGUUAUCCGUUACUACUAGUUGCUGCUACUGCUGUCUAUUUACUACCACGCCGACUUUUUUAUUUUUAAUUAUCUUGCUUAACAUGUUUGUGAAUUUGGUGGUCAAGCUAGAGACCAAGGUUCACUUUCUUUUUUGUUUUGUUUAUUAAAUUGUUUAGGCAAGCAAAAAAUUGUGUUUAUGGAUUCUUUUUAAAGAAACUAUGAAAUUUCAUGAAUUCAAAUUAUUGUCUA